CCUGGCUGCCGAGAGGGGGCUUUGUGCAGCGGUGCGCAUUUGUCUGUCUGGCUUGGCGGCGGCGGCGAUUGCUGGCCCUUCGGGCGGUCGGGGCUUUGUAAGGCGCUGCGCUGGCUGGCCGGCCCGAAGAAGGGAGAGCCGGGGCUCGCUUGAGGAGGGCUGCUCCGCCCCAAGCCAUGCUUCUCCCAGUCAGGACUGCUGGGCGCGGAAAAAAGUGUGCACCAUGCCGCGGCUGAGAUCCCGCCGGCCGCCCGUGAGCAGCGCCUCUGGAAGAAAGGGAGCCCGGCGGAGCUGCUGGGGAAGAGGAGCAGCGGCGGCAGCAGGAGGAGGAGGAGGAGGAGAGCGGGCGUGAAGGUGGAAGGCGAUCCCUUCCUUCCUUCCUUCCACGGCCGGUCCUAGAGGGAGACAGAGACCCGUCCCACUCGCCUCCCCCGGCUCUGAUUUCCAUCUCGGGGGGCCGGGGCGGAAGGGUGUGUGGGCGAUCGCGCUGGGGCCGGUGGAGGGGGUGGGCGGGCAGGAAUAACGGAGCAGCCGGCGACCCCCGCGGUGCGGCGGCAGAAGCAGGCUCAGGAGCCGCCGCUAGCGAUCGAGGCACCCGGCCGGCGAGCGAGGUGGGCGGCCUUCCCGCGCCCCCUUUCCCGGAGGAAGGGCCACCGCCAUGGGCAAUGCGGGGAGCAUGGACUCUCAGCAGACGGACUUCAGGGCGCACAACAUGCCGCUCAAGCUGCCGAUGCCGGAGCCGGGAGAACUGGAGGAGAGAUUCGCCGUGGUCUUGAAUGCCAUGAACUUGCCUCCUGACAAAGCAAGGCUACUCCGGCAGUACGACAAUGAGAAGAAAUGGGAAUUGAUCUGUGAUCAGGAAAGAUUUCAAGUCAAGAACCCUCCUCAUACAUAUAUACAAAAAUUAAAAGGCUAUCUUGAUCCAGCUGUAACAAGGAAGAAAUUUAGGAGAAGAGUUCAAGAAUCUACACAAGUGUUACGAGAACUAGAAAUUUCUCUACGAACUAAUCAUAUUGGAUGGGUCAGGGAGUUUUUGAAUGAAGAAAACAAAGGCCUGGAUGUGUUGGUGGAAUAUUUGUCCUUUGCACAAUAUGCAGUCACCUUUGAUUUUGAAAGCUUGGAAAACAAUAUGGAAAACUCGGUGGACAAAUCUAAACCUUGGAGCCGGUCCAUUGAAGAUCUGCAUCGAGGGAGCAAUUUACCCUCUCCUGUUGGCAAUAGUAUUUCCCGCUCUAGCAGACAUUCUACCCUAAGGUAUAACACCUUACCAAGCAGAAGAACACUUAAAAAUUCAAGAUUAGUGAGUAAAAAGGAUGAUGUUCAUGUCUGCAUCAUGUGCUUGCGUGCCAUCAUGAACUAUCAGUAUGGAUUCAAUAUGGUCAUGUCACACCCCCAUGCUGUUAAUGAAAUUGCACUAAGUCUGAACAACAAGAAUCCCAGAACAAAGGCGCUGGUCUUGGAACUGUUGGCAGCGGUUUGUCUCGUCAGAGGAGGACACGAAAUCAUUUUGUCUGCCUUUGAUAAUUUCAAAGAGGUUUGUGGGGAAAAGCAGCGGUUUGAGAAGCUGAUGGAACAUUUUCGAAACGAAGAUAACAAUAUAGAUUUUAUGGUGGCGUGCAUGCAGUUCAUCAACAUAGUGGUUCAUUCUGUAGAAGACAUGAAUUUCAGAGUUCACCUCCAGUAUGAAUUUACAAAACUUGGACUGGAUGAAUAUUUGGAUAAGCUGAAACACACGGAAAGUGAUAAGCUGCAGGUGCAGAUACAAGCUUAUCUGGACAAUGUGUUUGACGUGGGAGCUUUACUUGAAGAUGCUGAGACCAAGAAUGCUGCCUUGGAAAGAGUGGAAGAACUGGAAGAAAAUAUAUCUCAUUUGUCAGAAAAACUCCAAGACACAGAAAAUGAAGCUAUGGCAAAGAUUGUGGAACUGGAAAAACAGCUCAUGCAGAGAAAUAAAGAACUGGACGUGGUUCGAGAAAUUUACAAAGAUGCAAAUACGCAGGUUCACACGCUGAGAAAGAUGGUCAAAGAGAAAGAGGAAGCCAUUCAGCGACAGUCCACGCUAGAGAAGAAAAUCCAUGAACUGGAAAAGCAAGGGUCCAUUAAAAUUCAGAAGAAAGGCGAUGGCGAUAUCAAUAUUCUUCCCGUCGGGGUGGCUUCUGGGACAUUGCCCUCUGGGUCAGAAGCCAUCGCUGGCUCUUGCGGAGGGUCAGUUUCUGGCGCGACGCCUUCCGUUCCAUUGCUGCCGCCGCCGCCUCCCCCCUUGCCACUAUCAACAGCAGAAUCAGAAACAGUUCAAAAUGAUCCCUUAUCUCCCCCAAUCCCCCCCCCCCCCCCGCCGUCUGCGCCCCCUCUUCCAGGAACAGCCUCCCCUACAGUGGUUUUCAACUCAGGACUGGCAGCUGUGAAAAUCAAGAAGCCAAUUAAGACCAAGUUCCGCAUGCCAGUAUUUAAUUGGGUAGCUCUGAAGCCCAACCAGAUCAAUGGGACAGUUUUCAAUGAAAUUGAUGAUGAAAGGAUCUUAGAGGAUUUAAAUGUGGAUGAAUUUGAAGAAAUUUUCAAGACGAAAGCCCAGGGUCCAGCCAUUGAUCUUUCUUCAAGCAAACAAAUAACCCAAAAAGGAUCAAACAAAGUCACAUUAUUGGAAGCAAACAGAGCUAAAAAUCUUGCUAUCACCUUAAGGAAAGCUGGGAAGACUUCUGAUGAAAUCUGCAAAGCUAUUCAGGCAUUUGACCUGAAGACUUUGCCGGUAGAUUUUGUUGAAUGCUUGAUGAGGUUCUUGCCCACGGAAAAUGAAGUGAAAAUGUUGCGGCUUUACGAGCGGGAAAGGAAGCCCCUCGAGAACCUGUCAGAUGAGGAUCGGUUCAUGAUGCAGUUCAGCAAGAUUGAGAGGCUGAUGCAGAAGAUGACCAUCAUGGCAUUCAUUGGCAACUUUGCAGAAAGCAUCCAGAUGCUGACUCCACAACUUCAUGCAAUAAUUGCAGCAUCUGUCUCCAUAAAGUCAUCUCAGAAACUCAAGAAGAUCUUAGAGAUAAUCUUGGCUCUGGGUAACUAUAUGAACAGCAGUAAGCGAGGAGCUGUUUAUGGAUUUAAACUACAAAGUUUAGAUCUGUUACUAGACACAAAGUCAACAGACCGGAAACAAACCCUUUUGCACUAUAUAUCGAAUGUCGUGAAGGAAAAGUAUCAACAAGUAUCCCUUUUUUACAAUGAACUUCACUAUGUGGAGAAAGCUGCUGCAGUUUCGCUUGAAAAUGUUCUGUUGGAUGUAAAGGAACUCCAGAGAGGUCUGGACCUAACAAAGCGAGAAUAUACCAUGCAUGAUCACAAUACCAUGCUGAAGGAAUUCAUUCAGAACAACGAAGGAAAACUAAAGAAGUUACAGGAUGAUGCAAAAAUAGCACAGGAUGCCUUUGAUGAUGCUGUGAAAUAUUUUGGAGAGAACCCCAAGACAACACCCCCGUCAGUCUUCUUUCCUGUCUUUGUUCGAUUUGUGAAAGCUUACAAGCAAGCCGAAGAGGAGAAUGAACUGAGGAAAAAACAAGAGUUGGCAUUAAUGGAAAAACUCCUGGAGCAGGAGGCCCUGAUGGAGCAACAGGACCAAAAGUCUCCGUCUCAUAAAACCAAGCGGCAGCAGCAGGAGCUGAUCGCAGAGCUCAGGCGGCGGCAAGUCAAGGACAACAGACACGUGUAUGAGGGGAAGGACGGGGCUAUUGAAGAUAUCAUCACCGAUCUUAGGAACCAGCCCUACAGACGAGCCGAUGCGGUGAGAAGAAGCGUGAGGCGGCGUUUCGAUGAUCAAAAUUUGCGUGCUCUCAAUGGUGCUGAAAUAACCAUGUGAGCUAGACUGGGGAAAUUUGCAUGUGUAAAGUAGAAAGUGAGCGUGACCACUUCUUUCCCAUGUGACCUAUAUUUGCGCCACCAUUUUAAUUAUGGCCUUGAUCACAGUACAUUAGUUUAUCUACUGAAGGGCUCAACAAUAACAGAAAAUGCAUAGGAAUGCACAAAAUAAAUGUUUUUUUUUAAAAGAGGAAAAUAAUGGAUUCUCCAUGUAACUGUAGCUACCAAGUGCCUAAAUUUCAAGAACCUGCUCAAAUUAAUCAAAGCAAUAGGACUUUGUUUGAUUAUCUUUUUACUCCAAUAAAUUUGUUCAGUGUUUUUAACCAAAAUGUAAAAUACAUAUUGUAUUUUUCGUUGUUGCAUACAAUUUAGUAAAUGGCCUUCAAGUCAGCUUUCUUGAUUUCAUAACUGGUUGUAAAUAGGUAAUACUUAGAAUGAGAUGCUGUGGAUUAUUUUUUUGUUCUUAUGAUUUCAGUACAUUCCUGGACAAUUUGAGAAGUUAACUUUGAACUUCAGCUGCACUUAAUUAAUUUUCUAUAUGCAUAUGUAGAUAUAUGCAUACCUAAGGACUUACCAUAUAUAAAGGAAGGGAAACCCAUUAAAUUGUACACUUAAAGAAAGUUCACUUGUUUUAAGGUUGGAGAGACAUCCUUAAAACAGGAGUUGGGGUAAAUGUGAGUAUAGUUUAUAAGGUAGGAGUUAAUUGGGAUACAGAAGGCUUGGAUGGUGGGAUUUCUUCUGUAAAUAAGAUGAGGUAAUCUAAGGCUUUUAUUAUAAAUUCUUGCCUGCUUUCAGAUUCUAGUAUAUGCCAGUGGGUUAACAAUGUGAACAGAGAUGAUGGAUGAAACUCUGAUGACUGUGAUCUGCAGGUAGAGGCAGCUUUUGAGUAACAUUGUUAUUUAUUAAUUAGUACUAAGGUAUUAACUUCUCAAUAAGCAGUAUUAAGAAUUCCUGAGGACCACAACUGUUCAUUUGUCAGAACAGUGAAAAUUUGGUGCCCUGCUAAGAAAACCUUGGAUACCCUCCGAGAAUGACUUUGCAUCUCCAUUCAGCAUAAAUGGAAAUUUAUUAACCAGCUGUUUUGGCACUUUGCAGCAGUCCAGGUCAGAUUAUGUUCAAGCUCUCUUCAUUGAAGUGCAGCUAACUAUGGAAUUUAGUAUGUUCUCAUUGCUGCGUGUGCUCUCAGGGCUAAAACAGAACAGCUUUGCCCUCACCCACCAAAAAGCAGGAACCAAGGCAGCAAGUCAGACAUGAAGUCAGGCAUUUUAAAACCACUUGACAUUAGGGUGUGAAAGGGGAUUCGCAAGCCAGUGCACAUAAUGCAGUGAUGAAAAAUUCAUUUGGAAGAUACAUUGAAUUUAUCUUUGUGGAGAUCCUCCUUUAGAUCCUUAUCACUUGCAUUUCAGGCUUAGAGCACAUUAAGUAUCUCAAAGUUAACUUUUAAUUGCCAACAGUGGCUGUUGCAGAUCCAUAUACACUGCUACAAAUCAGGGCACUUGAUUUGUUCCAAAGUCAAAAACUGGAAGUUAAGGGAUAUCUUGGUUGCAGCAUACCGUACCUGGUAGCACUGCAUCACUAUCUUAAUUGUAAAAUUUAUUGUAUAGUAUUUAACCACUUAAUUCUUUUCUAUUUUGUUGUGCUUAUGUGAACCACUGGUAAAGGUCCCAUAUUCCUUUGAUAAUGUGUAGCUAUAUGAUGUUUUUAAAUGUACAGAUAUUUUGCUACAAAAUUGGUGCUUUUUUAUGGUUUUUACACUUCUCUUUAAUUCCCACUCUAGCCUUGGGGUAAUAUUGUAAAUAUUGUUUAAAAUGCAUCAGCCUGUGCUAUACUGAUCUGAAUGUUAUUUUAACUUAUAGUUUUGUUUUGUUUUAUAUUUAACUAAAUGGACUGUUUGGGGUUCAAAAAUUAUUACAUUGACAUUUGCUUACCUAUUUACAGAAAAAUUAUUUUAAAACAACUGCCAAUAGCACUCUCCAUUUAUGGUAAUUUGUACUUGACAUGCUAAGAGAACAUGCCACAAUUACACAUUUUUCCUUCAGUGAAAGAUUAGGAUUCUAAUUUUGGUAUCCAUAUACAAACACCCUUAAUCUGACAAUAUAAGGGCAGUGAAACAGCUGCAGCAAUGCAAAAUGUAUUACAAUAUUUAAAUAUGAACAAGUAGGUUGUAAUAUUGGCAUGUUCUCUUAAGAUAUUUUAUCUAGUAAUAGACCUGCUUCUUAGCAAUAUUAUAGGUGUUUUAUAAAAGCAGUUCAUGUUACUUUUCUGAUCUGUUCAUGGCAUACGAUUGAAUAAACUAUUUACACUACUA